UGGCUGGGUUGGGAUGAGACAGCCAGACCAGAGCAGCAGGUUAGGAUCUUGAAAGGCAGGUGUGCAGUGUUGCCGUCUGCCUCUUGGCUUCCAGCAUGGCACGCUUCUUGUUCCAGGCAGGUGUCAUGGUUCUGCUGAUGGCCCAGUGGGGGCCAGGAGCUGCUGCUCGGUUGGUCUGCUACUUCUCCAGCUGGGCCCAGUACAGAGAGGGACCAACUCGCUUCUUGCCCAGGGAUGUAGACGCCAGCCUGUGCAGCCACCUCAUCUAUGCCUUCGCCGGCAUGAGCCGACACCAGCUGAGCCCCCUGGAAGACAGGGACAUCACACGCUACCAGGAGUUCAACAGCCUGAAGCAGACGAACCCCGUGCUGAAAACUCUGCUAGCCGUCGGGGGCUGGAACUUCGGCACCCAGAAGUUCUCAGAGAUGGUGGCCACUGCCAGCACCCGUCAGAUCUUUGUCAACUCGGCCGUCACAUUUCUGCGCCAGCACAGCUUCGAUGGCCUUGACCUUGACUGGGAGUACCCUGGAAGCAGGGGGAGCCCAGCAACUGACAAGCAGCUUUUCACGGCCCUGGUGCAGGACCUGGCCAGCGCUUUCCAGCAAGAGGCCCAGGCCUCAGGCAAGCAGCAACUCCUCCUGAGUGCAGCCGUUCCUAGUGGGCGAGACGCCGUGGAUGCGGGCUACGAGGUGGACAAGCUGGCAGUGAACCUGGAUUUCAUCAACCUCAUGGCGUAUGACUUCCAUGGCUCCUGGGAGAAGGUCACAGGGCACAACAGCCCCCUCUAUGGGCGGCAGGGUGAGAGCGGGGCAGCAGCAGAAAACAACGUGGAUGCAGCUGUAAGGCAGUGGCUGCAGAAGGGGGUCCCUGCCAGCAAGCUGAUGCUUGGCAUGCCCACGUACGGGCGGUCCUUCACGCUGGCCUCCUCAUCUGACACCGGUGUGGGGGCCCCAGCCCUGGGGCCUGGUGUACCCGGCCCCUUCACCAAAGAAGCAGGACUUCUGGCAUACUAUGAGGUCUGCUCCUGGGAGGCGCACAGAAUCAAUGAGCAAAAGGUGCCCUAUGCCUUCCGGGGUAACCAGUGGGUUGGGUUUGAUGAUGUGGAGAGCUUCAAAGCGAAGGUCAGCUACCUGAAGCAGUUGGGGCUCGGCGGGGCCAUGGUGUGGACAGUGGAUCUGGAUGACUUCCGGGGCUCCUUCUGCAACCAGGGCCCAUAUCCCCUCAUCCACACUCUGCACCGAGAGCUGGGUCUUCCAACUGGACCUUCUACCACUCCCAAACCUGAAGUUCCCGCCCAGGGGCAGCCCUCCAAACCUGAGCAGAACCCCAGCCUCGGACCAGACGCCUUCUGCCAGGGCCAGGCCAACGGGCUCUACCCCAACCCUGGGGACCGGACCAGCUUCUACACCUGUGUGGGGGGUCAGCUGUUCCAGCAGCACUGCCCUGCAGGCCUGGUGUUCAACCCCUCCUGCAAAUGCUGUGACUGGAGUUGAGUCCCAAGCCGGACCCGGGCCCGCCAGCCAUCCCUGGCUGCUGUCCAGCUCCUGCUGGUCUCACCAUGGUCUUUCUGCUCUCAGCUGCAGCCUCCUUUCUGCUGUGGUCCCUUGGGGUUGCUUCUUGAAUUUGCAAAAUAAAUCUUGGGUUUAUU